AUGGAUCCCGCAAAGCCCGUCGAUCUGCCCGAGAGGCCCAAGGAGGCUGCCGCGCCCGCUGCGCCCGCCGACCCCAACAAGAAGUCCAAGAGCCAGGAAAAGAAAGAAGCUGCCGCUGCCAGAAAGGCGGCCCUCAAGCUCGCCAAACAGAAUGAGCCGCCCAAGAAGAAGGCCGAAAAGACAGCGCCCCAGGCCAAGGAAGCUCCUGCUCCCCGGGACCCCAACGCCAUGUUCAAGGUCGGUUUCUUGUCCGACGUGUACCAGGAAAAGCCCCUCUCCGAGACCGUCCCCAAGAUCCGCACGCGAUUCCCUCCCGAGCCCAACGGAUUCCUCCACAUUGGACACAGCAAGGCCAUUGCCAUCAACUUUGGAUUCGCCAAGCACCACGGUGGUGAGUGUAUCCUGCGCUUCGACGACACCAACCCAGAGGGUGAGGAGGAGCGAUUCUACAACGCCAUCCGCGAGAUUGUGACAUGGCUCGGUUUCACCCCCGUGCGUGAGACCUGCGCCAGUGACAACUUCGACCGUCUCUACGAACUCGCAGAGGAUCUCAUCCAGCGCGAUGGCGCAUACAUCUGCCACUGCACCAAGGCCGAAAUCAAGGCCCAGCGUGGUGAGAUGGAAGGUGGCCAGCGCGGCGGAGAACGUUUCGCAUGCGCCCACCGCACUCGGCCCACCGAGGAGUCCCUGGCUGAAUUCCGAGCUAUGCGCGACGGCAAAUACAAGGCCGGCGAGGCGGCUCUCCGCAUGAAGCAGGAUAUCACAGAUCCCAACCCCCAGAUGUGGGAUCUGUUCGCCUGGCGCAUCAUGGACAGCGAGGACAAGCAGCACCACCGCACCGGUGGCAAGUGGAAGAUCUACCCUACCUACGACUUCGCGCACUGUCUGUGCGAUAGUAUCGAGGAGAUCUCCCACUCCCUGUGCACGACUGAGUUCGAGCUGUCCCGUGUCUCCUACGACUGGCUUUGCAACAAGCUUGAGGUCUACCGUCCCAACCAGCGCGAGUACGGCCGUCUCAACAUCACCGGAACCGUCCUAUCCAAGCGCAAGAUCAUCCAGCUGGUCAAGGAAGGCCACGUCCGUGACUGGGACGACCCUCGCCUGUACACUCUCAUCGCCCUCCGCCGUCGUGGUAGCGUUUCAAACGUCCAGGUCGGCAAGUUCGAGUCUAUCGUCCGCCAGUACCUCGAAACCACUGUGCCCCGUCUCAUGGUCGUUCUCGAGCCUCUGAAGGUCAUCAUCGACGACCUUCCUGACGACCACCUCGAGCUCCUCGACUGUCCCUUCUCCAAGGACCCUGCCUUCGGCACCCACAACAUCCCCUUCACAAAGACCGUCUACAUCGAGCGUUCUGAUUUCCGCGCCGUCGACUCGCCCGACUACUUCCGACUUGCCCCGGGUAAGACAGUCGGUCUCCUCAAGGCCCCCUACCCCAUCACCGCUACAUCCUUCGAGACCGACGCUUCCGGCGAGGUGACCUGCGUCCACGCCAAGUACGAGAAGCCCGUCGAAGGCGAGGCCGCCAAGAAGCCCAAGUCUUUCAUCCACUGGGUUGGCGAGUCUGCCGAGCACAAGAGUCCCGUGCGUGCUGAGAUUCGUGCUUUCAACUCGCUCUUCAAAUCUGAGGACCCCUCCGCUCACCCGGCUGGAUUCCUUGCUGACAUCAACCCUGACUCCGAGGAGAUUUACAAGGAUGCUAUGGUCGAGACUGGAUUCCGGGAUAUCGCUGCUUCUGGGCCUUGGCCUAAGGAGGAGGGUGCUGUUGAGGAGGGCGGCAAGGAGGCUAACAAGCACUCUAUCCGUUUCCAGGGUAUGCGUGUUGCGUACUUUGCCGUUGAUCGCGAGUCGACUGAUGAGAAGCUUGUGCUCAAUCGUAUUGUUACGCUUAAGGAGGAGAAGGGUAAGAACUGA